AUGGCGACCAACGCGGAAACGCUCUUCGAUUAUCUCGGCAAGCGCUAUGAAGAUGCGUAUGCUGAUAGUCCUAAUCUGGUUGCAUUUCUCGAGUCAGCCAUCAAGGAACUUCCUGCUCAGUCACGAGUGCUUGAUGUUGGAUGCGGAACGGGCAAGCCAGCCGCGGAUAUGCUGGCAUCGGCCGGCCAUCAGGUCCAAGGAAUCGACGUCUCUCAAGAGAUGGUGAGAAUCGCGAGCUCACAAGUUUCCGGGAAAUUCCAGAAGGCGGACAUGAGAACAUUCACACCCGACGCUCCACUUGAUGCCGUCUUCGUUAUUUUUUCUCUUUAUCAGCUCACGCCAGGAGAGACGUAUUCGAUGUGCUACAGAUUGUCAGAGUGGCUCAAACCCGGUGGCAUCGUGGUUGUAGGAACGACACUUAGCUCGAGCGUCCCUCCCGGCCAAGGCGUACGCGACCGGACAUGGAACUGUGUGCGGCAGUUGGGGAAGCCUUGGAUGGAUAACCACACCAAUGAGACAUUCUUCUCGGAGCAUGGAUGGCAGAGACUACUCCGCCGUGCUGGUUUCGACGUUGAAUCAGAAGCCCACUAUGAGUUCAUGCCUAAGGACUCUUCCCACAAGGCUCCUGAGACUCAUCAUCUUUUACUGGCACGAAAAGUCGAAAGUGAGCCGCUUUUCGGACCGUACGGCGUUCCGUUCGACAAUCACAACACAUUGCCUACUGCCUCGCGUUACAAGUUUACCGAUCGUCUCGUGAGCGAAGACCUGGAAAAACAGUUUCAGAGUUGGGGGGAAGGCGACCAGAAGAUUCUCUCUCUGGGAUGUAUAACGGCAGACGAAAAGCCCGGAGUACAAUAUUCGGACGGACCUAUUGAUCGCUUACCAUUUCCAUCUGGCAUGUUCCAUGUCGUCCUGGCGUCGUGGAAACUAGACUAUGCGGACGACAUCAGCAAGGCACUUCAAGAGCUCAUUCGUGUAACAAAGCGAAAAGCUGGUUCAAAAAUCGUCAUAAUCCAAGGAGCACCCGACAAUGAAGUGCUGCAGUUUUUGAAAUCUGACUUUGGCGAUCCACCCCAUCAAGGUCUGCAACUCAGAUCUGCUUGGGAUCGUCUAGCAGAGCAUGGCUUUAGUGAUCUGUCGCUACAACGGAUCCAUGCGCAUUAUGAGUUCCCGGAAGAAGACCGCUCUGAACGAUGCAAGGCAGCGACAGAAUUCUUAGCUGGCAAUCCCUACUGUCAAGUAGACAAGGAGGACCUCGUUGACAGGCUCCAACUGCAUUUCCAGGGUGACGAGAAUAAAAUCGAUUAUGGAAUGGUUAUGUUGGUUGCAAGUGCAGUCUAA